AUGUCUGUUAUUCUCUGCACAGCUGGCUAUGACCACACUAUCAGAUUCUGGGAGGCCUUGUCGGGUAUCUGUUCACGCACGAUUCAACACCCUGACUCCCAGGUGAACCGUCUCUGCAUCUCCCCCGACAAGCGAUACCUUGCCGCCGCUGGCCAUCAUACCGUCAAACUGUACGACAUUAAGUCUACGAAUCCUAACCCAUUGUUGACGUUCGAGGGCCACACCGGGAAUAUCACAGGUGUCGCGUUUCACUGUGAAGGGAAAUGGAUGGUAACUAGCUCCGAGGACGGGACCGUCAAGAUCUGGGAGACACGGACCGGGUCGAUUCAGCGAAGCUACAACCAUGGCUGUCCAGCCAACGACGUGGUGAUUCACCCCAACCAGGGUGAGAUCAUCAGCUGCGAUAGGUCUGGAAGUGUCAGGGUGUGGGAUCUGGCUGAGAACAACUGUUCCCAUGAGCUCAUCCCGGAAGAGGACGUCUCAGUCUCCAGCGUUACUGUCGCUAGUGAUGGGUCCUUGCUAUGCGCUGCGAACAAUGCUGGCAACGUAUUCGUGUGGAAUCUUAUUCAGAGCUUUGAUCGCACACAAUUAGUUCCAGUAACGCACUUCAAUGCCCACAAGGAAUACAUCACCCGUAUUCUUCUAUCCCCAGACGUCAAGAAACUCGCCACUUGUAGUGCAGACCACACAGCCAAGAUAUGGGAGGUGAAGAACAUCGAACCAAGCACAGAUCUGGAACCCAAGCCGUAUCCUUUAGAAGCCACUCUUACCGGGCACCAGCGCUGGGUCUGGGAUUGUGCCUUCAGUGCCGAUUCUGCAUACCUGGUCACUGCUUGCUCCGAUCACUAUGCGAGAUUGUGGGAAUUGCACAGCCAGCAGAUUAUCCGACAGUACAACGGACAUCACAGAGGGGCUGUCUGCGUUGCCUUGAACGAUUAUUCAGAAACACGAUAA